AAGGCUUCCAAAAAAUUUUCAAGAUUGUCGAAAUCUUAAGAAGCAUCUAUAAACUUCAAAAACCUUCAAAAACUUAUCAAAGGAUCUCAAAAAGCUACAAAAACAACCCCCAAGUUGUAAAUGUCAAGAAAAUCAACUUAAAUUUCAAACCCCACCAAUUUUUAAUCACCAACACGUGAAUGGCUCAAAUUCUCACAAUAAAAUUAAGCUAUGGCAUUGAAUGGCUCAUCUGUUGGCUCCUCUUCAUGCAUCAUCAUCGAUGCAGUGAAUUUCCCGACCGAGAAUGCUGCGAUCCAGUCUUUCCAUUCGACAUAACAGAUCCAGAGCCAUUGCCACCGGCACUACCCACAACGACAAUAUCAUCAUCAUCAUCAGCACAUCAAACUUUAGCUGCUAAUAAUAUUUUACAACAUACGGGUGGUCAGGCACUGCCUGGACGAUCUGGGCCCAAUGUAAAGAUAGCAAUAGCAAUACUUAAUUGUAUAUUAGCUCGUCAACUGUGCUUCGAGGAUCCAUCAUGCUCAGCUAUUUUAGAAAUUAUACCACGGGUUUGUGGUCCAGUUCCAGUUGCCUGCAGCACAGUGACAGUAACGAAAUGUCAAGCAGCUCUCCGAACCCUCCAAGCAUUUCCAUUCUUCCGGCCAACAUGUCUGUGCAAAGAGCCGGGGGUGGAUCCCGACUGUAAUUAUUUUCGAGAUUUUCUCUUCGACCAUCCAUGUGGAUUUGUACUGAAAAAAGUCGAAAAGGAUCCGUAUCCAGUCGAUGCCUUACCAACAUGCAAUCAUGCAUUGUCCGUGUGUCAGCAGGAGCGAAAGUGCAUCAAAUUAUUUGAAGAUUUUAAACUUCACUGUAAAGUGAGGGAGAAUAAGUGCCGUAUGGAGGACAAAGAAGCUUGCCACGAAGCGUGGACAAAUCUUCGCCUAUCGCCAAUGUUUGGCUGCAUCUGUCCAAAUAAUCACAUGAAACGUCGAUGUGAUAAAAUAUUUAAUGUUGUUAAUCAUAAUCCUUGUGUCGAUGUUCUUCUUCCCACAGCACAUGACAUAGCCUCCGGCACAUCAACAAAUUCCGUUAAUUCCAAUUAUUUUCCCACAUCCGACUAUAUUGGCGAGAUUCGUCCUGCAUCUCGUUAUCCAUACACCUUCCCCUACUUCCUAUACCCAUCCUCACGUAAAAUUCCAAUUGCACUCGCCUCACACCGUCCUGAUAUUGAUGCACAUAACUAUAAUCGCACUUUGCACGUACCGCACCAUCGCACAAAUUAUAAUUAUAGUUACAAUAAUAAUAAUAACAAUAAUAAUGACAAUAAUUAUGAUGAUUUGGAUGAGAAUGAGAAUGUUAAGCACUUUAAUAGGAUUUUGCACACAUUUCAGCACAAUGAUAAUUUUAGUAGUGUUAGUCAUAAACCUAUGGCUAAUCUCACUAAUGGAUUGAUGCACUUGCAACGACAAUUGCAGAAGCAGAUCUAUGAUGUUGGUGAGAUUCACUUUUUCACUUUUUAUUUUUAA